CCAGGCUCCGAGAAAUCUGACGUGUUUUUCGCAUUUCCUGCACCAGAGAGAGACGGAGACAGAGAGCAGUGUCGGGGGGAGGCAGCCAGAGGUAUGUGCACGGGAAGUUAAGAUCAACAGCAGUGGCUGAAAGCAGGCCGUGCACCGAGCAGCUGGAACCCCUAUAUACUACCUUACCUACCGCCUCAAUCUGCCCCCCCCCCGCCCCCUCACCCUCACCCAUCCCCGACCCUGCUGCGGUGGUUACCAGCCGCCGACUGGUCGCAGCGGUCCGGCUCGAACAUCCCCGAUGCGCCGCGGCGGCAGCCAGCAGGCGUCUGGAGCCUCCCACCCGCCACACGGUGCACUGCAACACGGGCUUGUGCUUUCAGGGCGCCCCGCAACAGCCAACGGAGUUUAUUAAUACCUCGAAGGUAAAACACAUGACAGACCGACUCACAUCUGGGGCCUUUGCUCGCAUGUUUGUCGCCAAGUCUCGCCUGUUGGUAGCUAUUCAUGUUUCUUCCGUGCACUUCUAAGGAAAGCUUCCCCGGGUUAACACUCGCCUCUCUGCGGCUGCAGUUGGGGUUUUUGGGGACAUUUGUAGAAUAUUCGACAAGUGUGUACGUUUUCAGGCAAACCCAAUACAGACAGAGGCUUCGUAGUUGGCGUUUCCUCCGUCAUAUUCAACUGGAAGGAAUUACAGUGUCUGCCUGGAGGACCACCGGUUGAACAGAGCCGUUAUUCAAGCCGUUACAGGAGUACAUUGUUUUGAAGUGGUUCGGGGGGAAAGGUGGGGUGGUUUCAUUGCCACCACGUCACACAGUUCGAGCACCAAGCGUUGGGACCUCUCCUCCACCAUGGUGAUCUUCAACGGGCAGCUGAGGAUCAAGAUCUGCGAGGCUCUGGAGCUCAAACCCACGGCUUGGUCCCUGCGUCACGCCGUCGGCCCCAAGACGCAGACCUUCCUCCUGGACACGUACAUCGCCCUGAACGUGGACGACUCCCGUGUGGGCCAGACCUCCACCAAGCAGAAGACCAACAGCCCCACGUGGAACGAUGAGUUCACCACGGAGGUCCACGACGGCCGCAGGAUCGAGCUGUCCGUCUUCCACGACGCGCCCAUCGGCUACGACGACUUCGUGGCCAACUGCAUCAUCCAGUUCGAGGACAUCCUGCACAACGGCUGCAAGCACUUCGAGGACUGGAUUGACCUGGAGCCAGAGGGGAAGGUGUAUGUUGUUAUUGACCUAUCAGGAUCUUCCAGUGAAGCUGCGCCGUGCUCCACCGAGAAUGAGGAGCGUGUGUUUCGGCAGCGGAUGCGUCCUAGGAAGCGCCAGGGUGCCGUCCGUCGGAGGGUCCACCAGGUCAAUGGACACAAGUUCAUGGCCACCUACCUGAGACAGCCCACCUACUGCUCCCACUGUAGGGACUUCAUCUGGGGCGUCUUAGGAAAGCAGGGCUACCAGUGUCAAGUGUGCACCUGUGUUGUCCACAAGCGCUGUCAUGAGCUGAUCAUUACCAAGUGUGCAGGGAUGAAGAAGCAGGAGGACACAGUUGGAGAGCCAGUCGGUUCUCAGAGGUUCAGUGUCAAUGUGCCGCACAAGUUCAGCAUCCACAACUUCAAAGUUCUCACCUUCUGCGACCACUGUGGGUCCCUGCUCUGGGGUCUGCUACGACAGGGACUCCAGUGUAAAGUGUGUAAAGUGAAUGUACACAGACGCUGUGAAAGUAACGUAGCUCCUAACUGUGGCGUGGACGCCAGAGGAAUCGCUAAAGUCCUCUCUGACCUCGGAGUCACACCAGACAAGAUCUUUAACAGCGCCCAGAGACGGAAAAAGCUUCCACAGGGUCAGGACCCCCAGCCGCCGUUAUCAGGGACGCCUAAGGCAGAAGACGAUCGCUCAAAGUCCGCCCCCACCUCACCAUGUGACCAAGAUGCGAAGGAGCUGGAGAACAUCCGGAAGGUUCUGUCGUUUGACCACCGCGGGGAGGAGCACAAAACACAACCCCUCUCCUCCGCCUCGUCUGUUUCUACGGUAACGGGAGACAGUCAGGAAGGUGUUGAAGGAGGAGGAGGUGAUGAUGGGGGCAGCGUCGGAGUGGAGGUUAAAGGAAACCGGGAGAACGGGGAGGUCAAAGGUCACGUCGCUCCUGAAAUAAAGAGGAUGAACCUGCAAGACUUUUUGUUCAUCAAAGUUCUGGGGAAAGGAAGCUUCGGAAAGGUGAUGCUGGCGGAGCUGAAAGGCACCGAUGAGGUUUACGCAGUCAAAGUGCUGAAGAAAGACGUGAUCCUGCAGGAUGACGAUGUGGACUGCACUCUGACUGAGAAACGGAUCCUGGCCCUGGCCAGAAAACACCCCUACCUGACACAGCUCUUCUGCUGCUUCCAGACUAAAGACCGGUUGUUCUUCGUGAUGGAGUACGUCAACGGAGGCGACCUGAUGUUUCAGAUACAGCGGUCGCGGAAGUUCGACGAGGCGCGAUCCCGUUUUUACGCGGCUGAGGUCACGUCUGCUUUGAUGUUCCUGCACCGACAUGGCGUCAUAUACAGAGACUUGAAACUGGACAACAUACUGUUGGAUGCGGAGGGUCACUGUAAGCUGGCAGACUUUGGGAUGUGCAAGGAGGGAAUCCUCAAUGGAGUCACCACCACCACCUUCUGUGGGACGCCAGAUUAUAUCGCACCAGAGAUCCUUCAAGAGUUGGAUUAUGGCCCGUCAGUGGACUGGUGGGCUCUGGGGGUGCUGAUGUAUGAGAUGAUGGCAGGCCAGCCACCAUUUGAAGCCGAUAACGAAGAUGACCUGUUUGAGUCCAUCCUCCAUGACGAUGUCCUCUACCCCGUCUGGCUCAGCAAGGAGGCUGUGUCCAUUCUUAAAGCGUUCAUGACUAAGAGUCCUAACAAGCGUCUGGGCUGUGUGGUGGCUCAGGGUCUGGAGGAGGCCAUUAAGCUCCAUCCCUUCUUCAGAGAGAUCGACUGGACACUGCUGGAGCAGAGGAAGAUCAGACCGCCAUUCAAACCACGCAUCAAAACCAAAAGGGAUGUGAAUAACUUUGAUCAGGACUUCACACGUGAAGAACCAGUCCUGACGCCGGUGGACAACAGCAUCAUCAAGCAGAUCAACCAAGAUGAGUUUAAAGGAUUCUCCUACUUUGGAGACGAGACAGUAGCCUAAACACAUGCUGACACACAAACGAUUACCAACAUACGUACACACCACCACCACCCCCCACCACCACCACACCUAAAACAUCUAAAACAUCUUCAAGCAAAGACACAGUAUUUAAAGAAACACAGCCUCUGGAAUAAGACCUCCUGAACUUUUCCAGAUUCUGACCACUCCAGGAAUUAUACUAGACCAUCCAUAUCUCUCUUUAUGGUUUCUGUGCCCUUGAUGUUUGUUCAUUUGUGCAUAUCCCAUCAAACUAUAUGCUCAAGCAGCAUGUAAGUGCAGGUCAGAUACUGUAAGAAAUGACCCAAUGCUCCUUCACUUGGUCUGCAUGUAUUUCUGAUGCAGGCAAAGCAGAAGACAAAACCAGACUGGUGUUAUGAGGUAGAUACAUGGGUAAUGUCAUGGGCUGUUGGUGUGUGUGUGUGUGUGUGUGAGAGAGAGAGAGAGAGAGAGAGAGAGAGAGAGAGAGAGAAAAAAAGAUAGUGUGUAUAAGUAUGCAUGCAUGCAUAGUUGCAUACCUCUAGAAAGUCAUUUCUGUACAUGAUGUGCUGUAUCCUGUGUCUAUCUAUGUGUUAAAAGAAUGUUUUUUGUUCCCUAACCAUGUAUGUGAAUGGAGAAAAAAAUAAUUGAACCAAUGAUUGUAUUUAAAGAAAAAAAAAGGUCUUGAAAAGUACUUUAUUCAUUAUGAAAAGAGAUGUCAAAAGGAGAUGCAAGAAAUCAAAGAUUUUAUCCUGAUGAAAUUAUGGUGAAAUUAGACGUUUUGUCAGUGCUUUAUCGUAAAUUUAGGAGGCAAAUUGGCAAAUUAAAUGUUAACUUUUGAAGAUAAAUCACAAAAGCAAAAUGUCCAUUUAGUUUUAUCUCAGCAGUUAUUUUCUUAUCAUAAAGAGAUGGUUGCGCUGUUUUUCCCUUCACUCUCCAUAUUUUAGCUUGUUAGUACAUCAGUGUUCCCGUCGUUCAUUAAAAAACAAAUGGUACCAUUAACCACCAGCUAGCACACCUACAGUAGCUUACCACUGGGAGUGUCCAUUGCUGUAGUGAGGUAUGCUUACAGUGCUAACAAGCUGUUUUCCAUAUAACUUGACAUUUGACAUUGAGACAGUUGUCCAGUGAAGCCAGAUAAUGAGCUGAAAUCUAAAAUAUCAAGUGAGUUCUUUAAAGAGACAGGUUGUUUUACGUCUAAGGUUUAAGUCCUUGUCACUGUUAAACUCUCACUGCAACUGCUGGAGCAAAAUCUUUCUAGGUCAACUCCUUAAAUCCCUUCAUGACCACUUGAUCAUUGAAAUGCCGUGUGUGUUUGUGUGUGUGUACAGUCACUGUAAUUGGUUGCUGUAUUUGACCUACAGUCUCUGACAUGACAAACCCCUUGAUUCCACAUGACAGUCAUGGAUCGUACACAGAGGUGAAUGUGUUAGCACAUGUGACUGAAUGUGUUCAAAUGAAUGUAUUUGCUCUGCGGUGUGUGCGUGUGAGAGUGUGUGUGUGUACAUACGUGGAGAGCCCUCUUCGUGUUGGUCAUCAUGUUAUAUUUUUUAUUUAAAACAGAUUUUUGUCUUUGUUGUUGUUGUGUUAUUUUUACUGGAUCGGCUUGCUGACAUGUUAGAAAUCUUAAGAUUUCAUGUGCUGCAGUGAGACUCAUCUGGUCAGAAACUGUCGUACUUCAGACCCUCCUCCACCUCUUUCUGCAGCCUGGACAUGGAGGUCAAAUAAGCUUUAAAUAAUCAAACAGGCCACAGAGGAAACUCCAGAGGUGUUGAUCCAUGUCGCAGGUCAGGUUUAUGACUUUAUAGUGAACUGAAAAGAAUCCAAACAUCUUUAAAACACUCCAUGUGCAAUACUAGAUUUUUUUCCCCAUUUUCAUCCUCUCUUUCUUCCUUUUUUUCUUAUUUCCUUCCACUUUCUUUUCUCCUUCAUCCACAGACACAUGUUCAGGUACAAAGAAGGCUACAGUACAGUUAGUUUUAGGACACAUAGAAGUGAGAAUGUUUUUACCCACACACAUAUUUACAUCAAGUCCAUUUAGUCAACACUGAAUUCAAUCAGUUCCAGUUCCCUGUGUUCCCUAUUACAUUCAGUUGUCGUGCAUUAGUGAAUACUUUUUGGAAAACAUAAUGUUGACUAGAACAUUUACAGCGAGGGCAGUGUGACAUUUAUUAGAUACAUUUUAAAGGAAGAAAAGGGUGCAGCAUCUGAGACGCAUGCUUGUAUGUCACAUGGAUAGUGCCUUUCUCCUGAUUGCAUGUGCUGCACAUUUGAUCACACAUGGGUAGGAGACAUGAUGGGUGUGUGUCAUUGCACAUAUUUUAAGAGCAGAUUGUGAAUAGGGUUUAUUAUUCUCAUUUGAACUGAUAACAGACCAAGAGUAAAUGCUGCACAAAAGGAAGCUGCACAAGUUUUUGACUAAUAAUAAACAAAUUUAAACAAAUAUACAGCAACACCAAUAUUACAGGUUGGUAUAAUCCUAAUAUGUACUGUGUGUUCAGUGCAGAAGUUUAUUACAUGUUUAGCAUAAAUCAGGUGCUUAUAACAUGCAAACUGCGUGCUUACAUUGAAGGGAAUGUGCACGACUAGUGUUGUCCAGGCCCACAUCCUUUCUCAUACAAGUUUUUAGCAUUUAAAUUUCUUUAGUUGACCUUGACCACGAUGUUUUCAGGACCAUAACUAAAUUGUGACCAUACUGUAGCUGUAGUAACACGUUGAAGGAUAAAACAGUCUUUAAACUGACACAGUUCUACUGUCUGAAUGUUAUGUGUGAUAUGUUACAAACAUUGUGGCACAAACUUUUAAGGAAAAAGGCAUUGCACUCAAGAUACAUUUUUGUAACUAAGUACAUUUACUCAAGUGCUGUGCUUACGUAGAAAUGUGUUUUUACUUUCCUGCAUUGAGUAUGUUUUACUUUUAAUACUUAAAGUACAUUUUCCUGAUUAUACUUACAUACUUUUACUGAAGCAACAUUUGCAAUGCAGGACUUUUACUUGCAACAGAGCAUUUCUACAGCAUGGUAUUAUUACUUUUACGUAGUAUCUGAAUACUUCCUCCACCACUUCUAAAUACAUAUGAAUGUAAUAUGUACAAGAUUUUUUUGAGGGGCAGGAGUGUCAACAAAUGAGCAUUUGAAAUACGUUACCUGUCCUGUUAUUAGUCAAGAGUAGAGUUAGGAGUUACCUGCCAGAAACCCAAACUAGGACAAACAUUCAGCACUGUACAUGGAGCAGUGAAAACAUCAGAAGUGUUGCAACAGCAGUAGUAGAAGAUGUAUUAGAUACAGGAGCUGUUGGAAGACACUCAUACUAAAACACACAUACACACAAGUUUGGAUAGCAAAUAUUUAAGACUGUCUAAACAGUUCUACUGGCAACCAACUUCCAAAACUACCAUGUUUAUGCUGUCCAUCAUUUAAAGUCUCUUUCUCUUCUCUUCAGUUUUGUGUCUCCUGUCGCAUCUUUGUUUAGUCUUUAAUUUAAAAAUGUCAAACUGUUUGUCCCACCAAGACCCAAAAAGGAAGUUCUCUUCCAGAAGCCCUCCACGCUAAAUGCCAAAAUGCUAUUUCCAAAUUUUCCACUCAGUACUUUAAUGUUUGUUGCAGAGGAAAAAGAAAAUAUGCUUCAUUCAAGUGAGUGAAUCAAGUUGAAGUGAAAGUCAACACACAGUGGCAUGAGGUUGAUUUCAAACAAUGGAAACAGUAUUAUGAUUUUACUCACAGAGUCAGACAUUCAUCUUCCUCGGGUCAUAUGCAGAGUGUUACUGUAUGUACAUGUUUUUGGGUUGUUGUUUAUUUGCAGUCCCUGUAUUUGUGAAGCUUUAUAUGUACAUUUUGUUAUCUGACCUGUGCGUUUGUUCCUUUAUGGAUUCUCUUCAUUUGUGUUGAUAUUUUUUCCUUUUGCGCUGUGUGCCAAAUGUACUGUAUUUUAAAAGGAUGUGAAGGUGUAUUUUAAUUUUUGAAACAAAUUAAAUAUCAUGAUGUCAGAAAAAAAA